CACAGGACUAAGUCUGCCACAUUAAACAUCCUACUCGCAGUAUAACAUGCUGAGUUGGUGAAUAGUAGGGCGCUUUAUCCCUCUGUUUGCCGACGAUCAAUCACAGGACAUGCUCGUGUCGACAUUCUCAGAGAAGCAUGUUUCUCGGAGUUAUGUUGCGGCCCUUGUGGGCGUAGUCCGUCAGCGGUCUGUAGUCAGCCCAGUGAUACAUAUACUCCCAGUCCCACGUCGGAUCGUAGUGUCACUCCCAGGCUCUCGUGUCCCAAGUACGCUUCGAACUUCGCUACCUCGUCGGCGAGCACGCAGGAGAUCAUGGCGAAUGCAGUCGAGAUUGCAGGUGCCAUUAUCGGUGUCGUAGUGUUGACCGCCAUCGCCCGAUGGAGAUUUGAUCCGCUGUACUCCAUCCCGACUAUCGGGCCCUCCUUUCCUCUUCUCUCGUACAUUGGUGCGUAUCGCUAUUGCAAGAAUGCCCGCGAGGUUCUGCAAGAAGGUUAUGCAAAGCACAAGAUCUUCAAAGUCGCCAUGCUCGACCAGUGGGUCGUUAUUGUGAGCGGCGCAGAGAUGAACGAUGAACUCCGAAAGAUCCCGGAUUCGCAUGCGACCUUCCACGAGGCCGCAGAAGAGCUUGUACAAACUCGCUAUACCUUGUCAGACAGUGCCGUCGACCACCCGAUCCACAUCCCUGCCAUUCGUGGUCCCUUGACCAAGAACCUGGCCGUCGUUUUCGGCGACGUUGUGGACGAAGUCAAUGCUGCAUUCAGUGAAACUAUCGGGAGCAAGCUGAAAGAUGAUGAAUGGACCGGUGUGAACGUGCUGAUGUCCAUGGCGGUCAUCAUCUCUCGCGCGAGCAACCGCGUCUUUGUCGGUCUUCCUCUCUGCAGGAAUGAAGACUACCUGCACAUUGUCCGCCAAUUCACCUUCGACGUAUCGAAGGGACGUUUCAUUCUCAGCUUGUCUCCGAGGUUCCUGAAACCUUUCGUGGGCCGGUUCAUUCCCUGGGCGCGACGCGCGAUGCGGAAUGGGUCGGUGUACCUCAGGCCUAUGAUCGAGGAACGUCAGAGGAAGCUGAAAGAAAUGGGCGAUGAGUGGACGGACAAGCCUAACGACUACAUGAUGUGGAUGAUCGAUGAAGCCAACCGGCAAGGCGAGUCCACCCAAGUGAUCCUCGAAGGUAUUAUGGUCUCCAACUUUGCUGCCAUCCACACCUCCAGCAGCAGCAUCACACAGGCGCUAUACCACCUCGCAGAGAGUCCGGAGUACGCUGAUCUGUUGCGCGAGGAAGUCGAGAGCGUAGUAUCGGAACACGGUUGGACGAAGGUCGCGAUGAACAAGAUGUGGAAGCUUGACAGCUUCAUGCGCGAGUCGCAGCGGAUCAAUGGUAUUACGCACAUUUCGGUCAUGCGGAAGACAUUGCAAGACACGACGCUGUCCGACGGGACGUUCAUCCCAGCCGGCACCGUCGUCGCGGGCGCGUCAAGCGCGACGCACCGUGACGCGCGCAACUACGAGAACCCGGAAAUCUUCGAUCCUUUCCGCUUCGCAGACAUGCGCACGGAGGACGGCGCGAGCAUCAAGCAUCAGUUCGUCACCACCUCGCCCGAGUACGUCGCGUUCGGGCACGGGAAGCACGCUUGCCCUGGCCGUUUCUUCGCCGUGAACGAGCUGAAGGUCAUGAUGGCCUACAUCUUGCUCCAUUAUGACAUCAAAUUCGAGGAUGGACGUCCGAGGCCGGAGAAUUCUUCACGCUGGCACAGCGUCGUGCCUCAGAACAAGGAGGUGUUGUUCCGGAAGCGUCAGGUCUCAGCUGCUUGAGGGCCCCGUCGUCGUCGCACUAAC